CUGGAUGUAAGGGAUGAUGUGGGGGAGCUUUUUAGAGAAACCAAGGGGAAUAUUGUCCUCGUAUACCGGCCUCUCGCAAGGGAACAAAAACCAGUCGACUGGAGUUUUCAGUUGCGACAACCAAUCGUGUUAAACAACUGUCAAAUUAAAUUUUAACAUAUUACAUUAGUAAAAUUUCAUUAAACAUUUUUCAUUUAGAAAAAAAAUUUUAUUCUAUCAAUAUUAUUUUUAUAAUUAUUAUUCACAUUCAUUAUGGCAAUUAUUAGUAUAGAAAAAAAUUGUCACUUUACUUGACAUUUAAAAAAAUAAUUUAAACAAUUUUUUUAGAUAAAAAAUUAAAUUUUUUAAAUUAUUUUAAAUAUGAAAAUUAAUUAUCUAAAUAUUUAAUAGUCAUUUAGUUUUUAUUUUUUAUUUUUUCAAUUUGUAUUUUAAUUUAAAAAAAAAAAAAAAAAAAAUUGGUCAGUGUUAAAUGUGCGCGCGUGUCAAGAAACUUUGGUAAUUUAUAAAAAAUAUAGAAAAAACUUGGCAUAUCCAUUGACACUUGUCCAUGUUAUUUGAACACAUUUUCAUAUACUUUUAGAUGCAUAUAUAAACAUAUACUUAUACUCUAGGUUUAUUAUAAAUUUUUUUUAUAUUUUUUUUAUCUCUUCAACUUCAACUUUGAUAGACCCUUAUUUCUAUCCAUUCAAGCGUUAUUUAUUUUUUUUUAUUAUACACAUUGUCUCUCAUUCAACUUGACAUUGUCAAUUCCGCGCUACUUAAUUCUAUCCAAUUUUUUUUUUUUUUUUUUCAUUUCAUCUAUAUAACUUUUAACACUUGUUUUUUAUUAGUUUCAUUAUAUAUCAUUGUAAUUUUUCAAACAACAUAAUCAUGACUGUAUCAGUGUGACUGAUGGGACUCAAUAUAAAAAAGGCAAUAUACGAAAUAAACGAGAGAAAUAGUGAAAGAUAAGACGUGUACAAAACCAAAAGAGGAAAUAAUGGGAAAAGGUGAUAAGCGUGGUAUCGCACAGCGCACCGACGCAAGCACAAAUCUUGUGGGAAAGUUUACACAAAGUGUGAGGAGAAUUGUUCAAGAUGUCAAGGACGAGGGAACGGCGAGUGGCCAGACUAAAGAAGAAGUUAUUGAAACAAAUGAAAGACUUAGAGCUGUUCGUAUACGUCUUGAUGCAAGUUAUGAUACAGCAAAACGUGCUCUUGUUGAACUUAUGUGUAAAUAUACUGACAGUAAACAAGUGAGAAAUAUAUUUCAACGUUAUAAUCAUCUUAAAGUUAUGAUUAAGGAUGUUAUUAAAUUGGAAACUCAAUAUUGGACUCUUGUUGAUAUACCAAGACAAGAAAAACAAGAAACAGUACCAGCAUUUGUAUUACGUGCUUGUGCAAUUAUGGAAAAAACCCAUAAAAGUGGUGAAGGUGUUAAAACAUCAGCAAGACUUGCUGAAGAAGCUGAAGCUAAAAGAGAACGUAUUGAUCGACUUGAAAACAUGAUUAUAUCACAAAUUGAAGCUGAAAAUACACAAAUGACAAAUGAUCUUUAUAGACUGUUAAAAAAAUAUACUGGAUUGAGAAAUUUGAUACGUGAUUUAAAGGUUGAAUACAAUGGUUCAAAAGUUUAUCCAAUGUUUCCACGUUAUACAAUACUGAAAGAUAUGAUUAAGGAUAUAAUGCAUAAUCCUGAUUACAUGGAGGUCUGUCAUGAGGUGGAUCAAGCAUAGCGUCCAGACCCUCUUCAUCGUUCACCCCGUAUGACUUUGUAAUUGUAUUACUAAAUAUUUUGUGGAUGAUAUGAAUGAAGUGGGUGAUGAAAAAAUACAACAAGACAAAUGAAAAUUAAUGAACAAGUUAAUGUAUACAAGAGAUUAUUAUGACAUGAGGAUUGAGGAUUGAACAAAAAAAAGAUAAAUGAUAAAUUUUAAAAAUGUGUGGAACAAUAUGAUAAGACUACUACACAAUGUGUCAUUUACAAAACUUUAAUCUAAAGUUUAUUGUCAAGGCCUUUGUCAUCAACUUUGAUAAGUUUAAAAUUAAAUUAUUUAAACAAAAAAAAAACAAUUAUAUAUAUCAACAAUAUGAUAUUUAUAAUUGAUACUAUUUUGUUUUUUGUUUUUGUUUUUUAGAAUUUAUAAAAUAGCUAGUUUUUGUUUUUUAUUAAAUCAUUAUUAAUUAUUUGGGGGAAAAUUUCCUUCGAAAAAUAUAUAGCCGCUUUCACGUCGAAACACAAAUUUAAUAAUAAUUAUUAAAAUUAUUAAUAAUGCACUUUCUAUAGUUGAAAUAUUGCAGUUAAUAAAAUAAAUAUAUUAAUAGUUAAACUUAAAAAAUUUUUUCCUUAUUAAUAAAAUGUUAAAUAUAAUGAAAAAAAAUCAAAAAAUAAAAUAUUGAUAUAAAAUAUCAUACCAAAAAUGUUGUUCACAAUACAAUAUUAUUUUUUAAACAAUAAUUUAUAUUCAUAUAUCAUGUUUAUAAAAAACAAAUGGAAAAAAAAAUAAAAAAAAAAACUUUUUUUAUAAUUUAAUUUAUUAUUUUAUUCAAUAAUAUAUUUACAUUUUUAUUGAAUUAAAAAUAUCAAAUAAUAUUGAAAUUAUAUUUGAUUAUUAUAUUUUAAAUGCAAUAAUAAAUUUAAAUAAAUAAAUCAAUCAUAAUUAUACUUGCGAGUUGAAUUCACAAGUUUAUAAUAUUUUUUAAGAAUAAAAUAUUCGUUAUUGUAUAUAUAUAAUAACAUAUCGUCGAUUUAAAAAUAAUUAUAACAAUUAAUAAUAAAUGAAUCUGCCUGAUUUCAUUAUUAAAAAAAAUAAAAAAAUAAUCGGCUGACAGCCCAAAAAUCAAAACAAAUAAUAAUUAAAAAAUAAAAUAAUUAUCAAAUAAUAAUAAAGUUAACGCGCGCCUGUUAUUGGAAUAAAGUAAAAAAAUAUAUUAAAAAUAAAAAAAAAUCUUUUCAUAUAUAUUGCUGUGCCAAUAUUCGUUUUCAUAUAUAUAAAUAAAAAAUAAUAUCGUUUUUCGUACCUGUGUGAUAUCAAAAAUAAAAAAUGACAAAAAAAAAUACUAAAAAAAAAAGUUUUAAAAAAUGACAAAAAAAAAAAAAAAGUUAUUAUUAAAUUUUAUGUGACUACUGGGCCCAAAAAUAUCUUGCGAUUUUUUCAGGCAUCUUUUAAAUAUAUAUAUAAAUUUGCUAUAAUAUACUGAUAAAAUUACAAGUUUGAUUGUAAUUAUAAGCAAUAGAUAAAUAAAUAAACCAAGUUAAUAUCAAUAAUUAUAUAGUGCCAAAAUUAAGGAUUUUUUUAUAUUUUAAUUGUUAAAUAAUUGUGUGUUUAAUAACAGCAUUAGCUUGAAAAUUUUUUAAUAUUUAAUAUAUAUCUUUGUCGUGAUUAAUAGUUUUUAUUUGUCAUGUAGAUUUGUUGGUUGAAUCAUGCUGUAGAAUACUGUAGAAUUAAAUGAACUAAAAAAAUAACACGUUGGCCAAAAAAAUAAAUCAUUAGAGUUAAUAAAAAAAAUAGAUUUUAACAUAUUAUUUGGCAAAAUAAUAUAAUGAUUAUUGGUAUUUAAAAAUUGUUUAUUAAAUAUUAUUAUUAUUGUUGUUUUAAUUUAUUAACAUUUAUUGAAAAAAUUAAAAAUUUUUAAUUUAAAAUUUAAUAUAUAAAAUGAUAAGGAAAAGUUUUAUUAAAUAUUUAAAAAAAUAAUAAAAGAGUGCCAAAAUAAAAAUUAUUAUUCAUGUUAUUCAUAUUUUUUUUUUUUAUUUUUUUUCGAGAGUUUAUAUAUGUAUGCAAGUGUGUCUUAUCAAAUGCGUACUUAUAUAUCAAGCACAAGCAUAUAAAUUACACGUAGGAAGAAAAUAAAAAAAAUUCUAUCAUAUUUAAUUUUUAGAAAGAUAGUUAUGAUAUUGAAAUUUAAAUAUUAUUUAAAAGAAAAAAUAAAAAACAACAACUUGAAUAAUAAUUGAAUAGAAAAAUGAAAAAUAAAUUAUUUAAAAUUUUUAAAUUAAAUAAUUUAUAAUUAAUUGCUCUAUUGUAGAAAUUAAAAAAUGUAGAAAUUUUAAUUCUUCAAAUUGAUAGAAUAAAAAUAGAUAAAAACAAAAAAUCAUUAGAAUAAAUAAAUAUAAAUUUAAACAUUUAAUUUGGCAAAAAAAAAAAAAAUUAUAUUUUAAAAAUUGUUAAUGUAUUUAUUUCCUCUCUUGAUAAAUACUUGACAUUUUUUUAUUUUAACAAUGAAAAUUAAAAUUCGCAGUGCUUUAAAAUAUAGACGAUAAAAAAAGAUAAUAUUAAUUUUAAUUUUCUUUAUAAUUGUGCAGAACUGAACGCAGCUUAAAAUUAAAAAAAAAAAAAAAUACUUAAAUUGAGCUUUAAUGUAUGAGGUAUUUUGCAUAAAUGCAUAUCUAAGAUUUUUGACCAAUCUUCUUGUCUAUAUCAUAUUUAUAAGCAACUUUAAAUUUUAUUAACACUAUAAAUAGAAGAAAUAAUAAAAAAAUAAAACUAUCUUGAAAAUAAAAUACUAUUUAUUCUAUAAAAUACGCUGCUUUUUUACAAUAAAACAUAUCGUAAAUUUUCACGAGCAAUCGAGCAUUAUCAAAUCCUAAAUGUUAUAUCAAAUGAAAAAUAAAAUUAUAAGCAAAAAUUAAUAAUAAAUAAUUUUAUGUAUUUUUUUUUAAUUUCGUAAAUAAUUAAAUAUAUUUAACAAAAACAAAAAAAAAAUCAAUGAAACAACUAAAGAUACAAGAAAAUAUUUCAAAAUAAUUUUAUCAAAAAUUUUAAUAUAUUUGCUUGAACUGGUUUGUGUGUGGAUAUUUUGUUUUUUAAAUAAAGACAAUAAAAAAAAAAAAAAAAAGAAAUUAAUAUGAAAAUCAAAAAUAAAUAAAAAUGAGAGAAAGAAAUAUUAGAGGUGAAUUACAUUUUGUAUGAAGUUGCACACAAACCAGAUAUGUACUUGAAUACUUUUGAAUAGAGUGGGUAUAAAGGAUGAUUCGCAUUACCUUGGCCAGUCACUAAAUAUGAGAAUGCUUUGAAAUUUUUACAGUAAAUUAAUGAAAUACUUAUACAUUUAAUGUAAUUUUUUGGUAAUUGUUUGAAAGCUUGUUUUUUUUUUUAUAUAUUAAUUAUCAAAGUUGACAACUUUUAACUUUGUCUCUUAUGGAGAAUACGAUUUUCGUGUAAAAAUGGACUAUGUACUAAAAUGACGAUUCCCAAAAACAAACAAACCUAAAUAAUAAUAAAAUAAAACAAGAUUAAGUAUAUAGAUAAAAAA